GGAGGUUCAUCAUCGUGCACAUACGGAAGCUCUACGGAAUGUGUUUCUCAAGUACGCCAGUGUCGUGUCCCAUGGCGAACAUUAUAUGACACCUGAGGAUUUCAUCGUUCGUUUUCUGAAACUGGUGGACAAACUCGAUGGUAAUGAAGUGUCCGUGACCACAUUGGCUCGCGCUGCUGACACGACUAGAGACGGGCUAAUUUCCUUCGAUGAGUUCCUCGCGUUCGAAAAUCUUUUGUGCACCGCGGACGCUUUAUACUCGCUGGCUUUCGAACUAUUCGAUCGUGAUGGAGAUGGAUACAUUUCGUUCGAUGAUUUCCGGGAAGUUCUCGAAUCUACCCUACCCAAUGUUUCUAUUCCAUUCGACUUCGAUUGUGAUUUUGUUAGCUUGCAUUUUGGCAAGGACAGAAAGCGACAGGUCUCUUCUGAGGACUUUACUCAACUCAUUCACGAUCUAAAUGACGAACACGCUGUCCAGGCCUUCAAACGCUUCGAUCAGACUCACACCGGGACAAUUUCUGUCACUGAUUUCAACAAUAUCAUGCUUCUGCUGAAGAAUCACAUGUUAACCAAAUUCGUCCGCGAUAAUUUAUUGGCUACCACUGUUCUAAGCGGAAAACACGGCAAAAUAUCCUUCUCCUACUAUAUGGGGUUCAUCAAUCUAUUGUCCAAUAUGGAGCUAAUGAAGCGUGUGUACCGGAUCCGAUCUCAUGGGGAUCAUAGCGUGGAAUUCACCAGAGGUAAUUCGUGCUGUCGAUUUUCUUCCUUCUGUUCCGCGUUCCCCUCGUCCCUCUUUUGCAUCACUGCAAAAUAACGCGCCAACCGUCAUUACCCGUAUUCUGUCACUCGGC